AAUGGCGGAGCCGGCGGCCCUCCCCGGGCCCCUCCGCGCGCUCCAAUCGGAGGCCGCGCUCAGCUUCAAGUGCGCGGAGGGGCGCGGGUCCUCAGCUCGGCGCCAGCGGCCCUCCGCGCGGUCGCCUGAGGGCUGGAUCGCAGAGAGGCCGGGCUUCCCGGCCCGGGCGCGGGGACGCACUCGCGUGGGAGUUUGUGCGAGCGCGGCCCGGGGCGGGGCCCGCACGGAGGAGGCGCCGGGACCAUGGUCACCCUCGGCUGAGUUUCCGGCGGCGACUUUGAUUAUUGGCAAAUAACCACCACAACAACACCGAACCCGCGGGCUUGCACCGCGCACACUGACUCCGCAGCCUGCACACCGCCGCGUCGCCCACCACCGGGCCCCGAGCGCCAGCCCCAAACGAGCCGAUGGAAAAAUCCAAAAAUUUCCGCAUCGACGCCCUGCUGGCGGUGGACCCCCCGCGAGCCGCCUCUGCGCAGAGCGCGCCGCUGGCCUUGGUCACGUCGCUCGCCGCCGCCGCAUCUGGCACCGGAGGUGGCGGCGGUGGCGGGGCAAGCGGCGGCACGAGCGGCAGCUGCAGCCCCGCGUCCUCGGAGCCGCCCGCGGCGCCCGCCGACCGCCUGCGCGCCGAAAGCCCGUCGCCGCCGCGCCUGCUGGCCGCGCACUGCGCGCUGCUACCCAAACCGGGUUUCCUGGGCGCGGGCGGCGGCGGCACGGGCGGCGGGCACGGGGGGCCCCACCACCACGCGCAUCCGGGCGCAGCGGCCGCCGCCGCCGCUGCCGCCGCCGCCGCCGCCGCCGCAGGGGGCCUGGCGCUGGGGCUGCACCCGGGGGGCGCACAGGGCGGCGCGGGCCUCCCGGCUCAGGCGGCGCUCUACGGCCACCCGGUCUAUGGCUACUCCGCGGCGGCGGCGGCGGCUGCGCUGGCGGGCCAGCACCCGGCGCUGUCCUACUCGUACCCGCAGGUGCAGGGCGGGCACCCGGCGCAUCCCGCAGACCUUAAGCUGGGCGCCGGCACCUUCCAGCUGGACCAGUGGCUGCGCGCGUCCACCGCGGGCAUGAUCCUGCCCAAGAUGCCCGACUUCAACUCCCAGGCGCAGUCGAAUCUCCUGGGGAAGUGCCGCCGGCCGCGCACCGCCUUCACCAGCCAGCAGCUGCUGGAGCUGGAGCACCAGUUCAAGCUCAACAAGUACCUGUCUAGGCCCAAGCGCUUCGAGGUGGCCACCUCGCUCAUGCUCACGGAGACCCAGGUGAAGAUCUGGUUCCAGAACCGGCGGAUGAAAUGGAAACGCAGCAAAAAGGCCAAAGAGCAGGCGGCGCAGGAAGCGGAGAAACAGAAGGGGCGGCGGCGGGGGCUCGGGGAAGGGCGUACGGAGGAGUCGGGCGCCGAGGAGCUGCUGGGGCCGCCCGCGCCCGGGGACAAGGGCAGCGGACGCCGCCUGCGGGACUUGAGGGACAGUGACCCCGAGGAGGACGAGGACGAGGACGACCAGGACCAUUUUUCCCUACAGCACGGCGCCAGCGCCCACGCCGCCUCCUCCGACUGCUCCUCCGAGGACGACUUGCCGCCCCCGCGGCCCAGCCACCAGCCCGCGCCCAGUAGGAGUCCGGCCCAGCAGGUUCGGGCGCGCUGGGAGCACCGCGGGCCCGCAGCUUCUCCCGGAGGACCCCGGGCGCCCGCGCCACUCAGCGCAGCCCGCCGGGGAGAGCUGGCUUGGCCGCCAGCCUGGUGGACCCGUAGCCCAGGCCGGGCUGGAGGGAUCGGCCUCGGCCUCCAGUCCUAG